AUGUCUUUGUCACUCAAAUCACUUGUCCAAAACUCCAAGCUUCUCUCUGGAUUCUUGAAGCCUGUUUCCAAAGCAUAUGCCGGUGCUGCUGGUUACAGACAAAUUGGUCUUAAAUAUGACGAUUUGAUUUCUGAAGAGAGUGAACUCGUACAAGAAGCUCUUCGUCGUCUUGAAAUUGCUGAACCUCGUACUGCUUACGAUCGUGCUUAUCGUAUCCGUGUUGCUCAACAAUGCUCUUUGAGCCAUCAACUUUUACCCAAGGAGAAGUGGGUUACUCAAAGCCAAGAUAACAGAUAUCUUCAACCCUAUAUUGAUGAAGUUGCUGCCGAGCAAGCUGAACGUGACGCAUUUGAUAACAUCAAGGUCGCUGCUCGCCAUUAG